AUGUCGAAUCAUGCCGGCAUCAGCCAAGCCUCUCGUGGUAGGUCAGCCUUUGCUACCUCCUCGUCCGACUUUGCACUUCCCUUUGGCGCAUCCCGAUCCGCAGCCCGUGACCUUUCGCCCAGCACGAGCAGCAACACGGACGCAAACAGCAGCGCUGGUAAUGCCGCCUUGUUUCGGUCGAGUGCCUCUUGUUCUUCGAUGCCCAUCUCGAUUCCGUCUAGUCCAUCCCUCCCCUUCAUCCACUCGGCCGACGCUCAUCAAGUUCACAUUCUCGGCUCGUCUCCUUCCAAACUUGUCACCUCUGCAACCGGGCUAGGCAUUGGCAACUUACCAUCACGCUCGGCCAGAGACCAUGCCAAUUCGCUUUCUAACCACUUCAGCGCACAGCCGCACUCUCCCCCGUUGUCACUUGCAGGCCAAGGUUGGCCUCCACCCGCCUUGACAGCGUUGCCAACCGCUGGGUCGUCGUCAUCCUCGUCCCCCUCGUCUAGCAGCGUCACCACUCCCGCAGCGUUGCUCAGACGUUCCCAGGCUAUCAACUCGCCUGGCUUCGCCAUCGCCUCUCCAGCUCGAUUUCGCCGGGCGAGCAUGUUGGGACGAGAGAUCACUCCCUUCCACCUCGACCACGACGAUCACUACGAUCAACAAGAUACGUCGCACAAUAUUCCUUCCGUACAGCAAGAUUCCAAGUCUCUCAAUACACGCUUAAACCAAGACCCGGACGAUGGCGACGAUGAGAUGAUGCAGGUCGAAGACGACGACGCCAUGGCCUCGCGCGCGCCGAGCCCGUCUGUCAUGGGUCCGCCACUUUCGUUCUUCAGUACACCAAGCACUCCUCCCCCGGCAGCAUCAUCAGCAUCAUCGCAUCUGCCAAGUACACGCCCCAGCCUCGCUUCUUCUGCUCUCGCACGUGCCUCGGCCUCGGAUUCAGGUCAGGACAGCUCCUCUUCCACAGGCGGCGCCGGUUUACCUCGCGCAAUACCACCUUCUCCCUCUACAGGUCCAUCCAUCGGCUCACCAUUGGGUCACACAGCUAAUCGAUCGCGCUCCUCGUCGCUGCUGUCCUCCAAUGUCGUCCGCAAAGCCGUCACGCGCCGAGGCAAUCUCUUGCCUAAAGAUCGUUCCAUCGCGCGUGUCGCAGCCUCGUUGCAGGACGAAUGCAAGCCCGAAGACUCGGAGAUCGCAUCCGAAGCCAAACUACAGAAACGCUUGGGUGGAGAAGCUACGCUACCGCGCACACCACGAUUCGGACCCAGCGGCACAACAGGUGGUGGCAGCAGCAGCAGCAGCAUCAGCAUCAACCAUGGCGCCAUGCGGGCUUCACGAUCGCCCUUCUUUGGUGCCACCGCGACCCUGGGUACAGGCUUUUCAAGACGCAAAUACAUGUGGGAUGAUGAUGUCGAUGACAUUCAAGGUGUAUUCACCGCCGAUGGGCUUGAUGACGGCGAAACUUCCGAUACGUCGUCCGAGCAAGAGGAAAUGAUGAUGUACUACUCACGUACCGAUUCGCUGUCCGACGAAGAGGAUCACAUGCGCAGCCGCGGCGUUCACUCCUCGAAUGCUAUGCCAGACGCCGCCUCAUCCUCCAGUACCGCCGGUCUCGCCAACCCAGCGGCGGCCAACGACGCUUCCGGCCAGGUGAAUGGUGUCAGUGGCAAUGCUGCAGCCAACAGCACAACGCUGUCGACCAGCUUCGGUUCGGCCUCGGCCACAGCCACUCCUGGAGGCGCAGGCUCGCUGCCCCGACGCAAAAACAAUGCGCUGUGGAUGGGUUUCAGAGACAAAGCCAAUGCGCACAAGUGGUCUCCGAGCGCCUCGACUGGCUCGUCCGGUGGAGCGAGUAGCGGGGUGUUUGCCGGUGAACGAGCUACUUGGCGUCGAGCAGGCGCAGCGUCUGGCAUGGAUCUCGACACUUCGCCUCGCGUGCUCGGCGCUGCUGGCUCCGGUGCGCGUCUCUCGAAACGCAAGACAACGGGAGACGACAGGUACGAACCGUACAAACGACGCGCGGUUUCGCCCAUGAAUCUUGGCUCGUCUCUCGGCACGACCCCUACAAAUGCUAGUUUCGCAGCGGCAGUAGCAGCUGCGGCGUCAUCGAACGCUAACGCAGCUUGCAAUAACGGGGGUGGUGGGUCCAACUCUCCGUUGCUCAUGCCGAUCUCUUCGCCCGGUGGUGGUGUGCUCUAUCGCGGUGUGUAUCAUCAUCACUAUACAACUUAUGCUUCGCGAUACUCGACGUCGCCCACGAUAUCUCGACCGUGUACACCGGUCAAUUCAGCGUCCACAGGAGCGGGCGCGGCAACGAUUGCGAUGACGAGCGCCAUCGUAGCUAUGGGCUCGUUUUCUCCCGCUGCUUCCGGAAGCGGGCCGGGCUACGGCUCGGGCGCACUGGGUCUGUCCAUCUCGGCCAACAACCCGCAGAGCAUGGAAACAAGGAUGCAGUUGGAACAGCAGGAGGAGAACGAGGCGUUGAUGGAUGAAAAAGUGGGUAUGCUCGGUUUGUCAUAA